UUCCACAGUGAAAUGGGGGAAAACCAAACAAUGGUUACACAGGUCAUCCUACUGGGAUUCCUUGUUGGCAGAAGGAUUCAGAUGCUUCUCUUUGGGCUCUUCUCCCUGUUCUACAUCCUCACCCUGCUGGGGAAUGGGGUCAUCCUGGGACUUAUCUGCCUGGACUCCAGACUGCACACCCCCAUGUACUUCUUCCUCUCACACCUCGCCAUCGUCGACAUCGCCUAUGCCUGCAGCACGGUGCCCCAGAUGCUGGUGAACCUCCUGAACCCAGCCAAGCCCAUCUCCUUCACUGGCUGCUUGACGCAGACCUUUCUCUUUAUGAGUUUUGCACAUACCGAAUGUCUUCUCCUGGUGGUGAUGUCCUAUGACCGGUAUGUGGCCAUCUGCCACCCCCUCCGAUAUUCUGUCAUCAUGAGCUGGAGAGUGUGCACCAUCCUGGCCGUCACUUCCUGGGCAUGUGGCUCCCUCCUGGCCCUGGUCCAUGUGGUUCUCAUCCUGAGACUGCCCUUCUGUGGGCCUCAUGAAAUCAACCACUUCUUCUGUGAAAUCCUGUCUGUCCUCAAGCUGGCCUGUGCUGACACCUGGCUCAACAAAGCUGUCAUCUUUGCUGCUUCCGUGUUCAUCCUGGUGGGACCCCCCUGCUUGGUGCUGGUCUCCUACUCGCGCAUCCUGCUGGCCAUCCUGAGGAUCCAGGCAGGGGAGGGCCGCAGAAAGGCCUUCUCCACCUGCUCCUCCCACCUCUGCGUGGUCGGGCUCUUCUUUGGCAAUGCCAUCGUCAUGUACAUGGCCCCCAAAUCCCGCCAUCCUGAAGAGCAGCAGAAGGUCCUUUUCCUGUUUUACAGCUUUUUCAACCCCAUGCUGAACCCCCUGAUCUACAGCCUGAGGAAUGCAGAGGUCAAGGGUGCCCUGAGGAGAGCACUGUGCAAUGGAUGUCAUUCCCAUCUGGGGCAGCGUGUGAAUCUCCAGCCUCAGUAGUCUCCUGGCAUCUUGGGUACUGAUUAUU